UAUGAGUGACAAGAAGGGAGGAUUGGGAAAGCAUACUUUGCAAUAUACAAGGGCAACACCAAAGUUCUUGCAAAAGUUAAAGGCACAACAUCUACCAAAUGAAGUGGAUAUCAAUGAUAAGUUCAAGGAGUAUAUGUCAAAGGAUGGCAGUGGCGGAGAUGGCAAUGACAAUAUAGAUGAUGACGAUGAACAACAAGAGGAUGAGAUUGAGAAGGAGGCAAGACUAAGAGCACUGGAUGCCUAUAAUGUCAGUGUGGAAGCGCGCAAAGCACGUCUAUAUGAGAAGGACGACCUGGAGAAGAAGGCGCUCGAGGAGGAGCGUCAACGACGCAUCGAGCAGGAUCAGUUGGAGGAGGAGCGUGCCAAGGCCACUGGAGAGGUGCGUAAGAUCAAGUUCCAAAAGCCACUCAAGAAGUUGGAUGCAUCAGACAGCGCUGGCUCGUCGUCUUCCACCAUCAACACGAGCAGUACACGACAGCCUGGUAGCGCAGCAGGUAGCAACACGUCAACUGAUCUCAAACAGACACUUCAACAAAUCAAGAAGACCAAACAGAGUCCCAAGGCUCAGAUGCAGUCCAAGUCAAAGACCAAGACAGUCGAUGCCAACACAUCCACCAGGAUGCUAUCAUUCGAUGAGGAUGAGAUGUAG